AUGGCUACUUCAGAGAACUCAUCCCAAUCCGGGAGCAGAACCCGUGUCAUUGUCGGAUUAGAUAUUGGAACCACGUUUUCUGGAAUUUCGUAUGCGGUAUUGACGCAAAACCCGGAUCGACCGACAUCCUUCUGGUGGGAAGUUGACGGCAAAAAGUCGCAGAAAAUCCCAACCAAAAUCGAGGUCUCUGAAAUCCCUAUCGAAUGGUUUAAGCUUAGCCUGCUGCAUCGUGAUGAUCUACCAUCGGAUGUACGAAACUCACCCAAGUUUAUUAAAUUAAACAAUACCCGGGAAGCUAUGAAUAUCACAGCCGUCAAUGCUACAGCGGAUUACAUUAGCAAGAUCUGGAAUGUCUUCCGUGACAAGCUUCAAAAAAGAAUCCCCGACCCUUAUAUCCAGAUAACAGUCACUGUUCCUGUGGUUUGGCCUAGAAAUGCUCGUCAAAAGAUGAAUGAGGCCCUCCAUGAAGCACGUAUCCUCAAUGAGAAUGUGAUCUCCAAACUUCAACCUGGACAUGUUGCCAUCGUUUGCGACUGUGGCGGCGGUACCGUUGACACGGGCGCCUAUGAAAUAUGCUCCGUUCGCCCCUUCCGUGUCAAAGAGGUGCUUCCUGGCCAAUGUAUCCUUGCCGGAGCUUGCAUUCUCGACGAUGCAUUCUUGCAACUUCUAAAGGACAAGGUCGAGACGAUGACCUCUCCCCGGGCAUUCCAGGCCUUGACAGAAAAGGAUCUUCACGGCAUAGUCUACAACCACUGGGAGCUUGAUAUAAAGGGGUGCUUUAAUGACAACUUCCCUACCAAGCAUAUUUACCUGCCUAUCAAGUGGGCUGCGAGCCGCCACAAAAGAAUGCCCGUUGGCCAAGGAGACGAUAUCACAUUCACCCAUGGUGAUCUUGCUUCGAUCUUUAACCCCAUUGUGGGAAAGAUCACAAGCCUGAUCGAGAUGGAGAUGCAGAAAAUCUCCAGCUCGCUUUCGAAGGACGUGUCGCACCUCAUCGUGGCUGGAGGUUUCGGCCAGAAUGGCUACCUGCGACAGAAAAUUGUGCAGACAGUGAACAGAGUUUCUCCCACCACCAACAUCCUCGACUAUCCAGGCGGACAAGGCUGGAAUGCUGUGUUUUGGGGAGCCGUUAUCCAGGCUCUCAAAGCACAGGCGAUUCAGCAACCGGUCCUAAUAACCUCCAGAAUCGUCAGAGCUAGCUGGGGAGUGCGUGCUAGCCACGGGAACUCAAUAUUCUGGCUCGUCCAUGAAAAUGAAUCCCUUGACACCACCAGCCCUAAUCUACGACCUAUACCCGUAGAAGCUCUCUCGGCCGAGGAUCCCGCCAGCGGUGACAUUUUCAGUAUUCGUGUCUGCCGCACACAGCAGAAUGCAGGCCAAUACCAUCAAGAUGUCUGUCGACUCAGCUGGAAGACCGUUGAUGUUGGGUUAAAGUCCGACAUGAAUGCUGAUCUGAAAGCCCCUUUGCAGAUCGAAUUUAUAUGGGACGGGGCAGAGAUGGGAUUCUCGCUGAUUUAUGGUGGUGUUCAGCAGAGCUCGGUGAAGGUCGAGCACAGUUGGGAAUUUUGAGCAGCGGUUGCCUUUCGUUAAACCUAGACCCUAUGCCUAGGGUUUGUCAACACAAUUGGUCGUAGUGGAAGCAGAUCUUGGUAUAAAUACCGAGGCUUAUCUGG